AUGGUAGAGAUCUCAGCAGCCUCCCAUAUUGCUCUGAAAUUGGAGAAUAAAAUUUUGCAGGCCCAAGUGAAGUGGCUGAUGGAAGAAAAUGUUGCCCCACAGGCUCAGAUCCCAGAGCUCCAGAUGCCCCAAGCAGCCAAGGAGGCUGAACCACUCCAGAAGCCCUCAGAGUCCCAGGAAACCCAGAAACCCCUAGAAAACCUGGAUCUCCCAGAAGCCAGGGAGUGCCAAGAAUUCCCAGAAGUUGGGGUUCCCCACAAUCUCAGAGAUCUCCAGGAGCUCCCAGGCUGGAAGCCCCCUGCAGCCCAGGAGAACCAGGAAACACCAAUGGAGGCCUACAGGCUCUCAGAAGUUAAGAGGGCCCAGGAGCCCCCAGAUACCCAGCAUGUCCCAGUGCCCCAGAAGCCUCAGAAUUCAGAGCACCAGGAUCUUCCAAGUGCCCAGGAGACCCAGGAGGCAAUAAAACACCAGGAGACCCCAACACACCUGGAGCCCUUUAAGCUUCCAACUCUCCAGGAGUCUCUGGAAACUGGAAUGCCCCACCAGCCUCCAGAUCCUUUAGAUGCCCAGGAGUUCCUAGAGUCCUCAGCACCACAGGAGUCCCUGGAGGGCCUAAGAGCUGCUUUGACAUCAGCAGCUUCAGAGUUCCCACAGUCCCCCAGUGGGUUAGAAGGUGAAGCUUUCUCCAUAGAAUACUGUUUAGCCUUCAGCAGAGAUGCCCAGAAGCUUUCUGAGUGGGUUCAGUUGAAUAGUUACAUGAGAGUCAGAGGACACCUGUAUCCCACCGAAACAGCUAUGGUGAGCUUUGUUGGCAACUGGUUCUCAGGUGAGGCAGGAAUGUGUUUUUAGCCCUUACUAGAUAUCCAAGGUGCCCUGUUGGAGCAAUAUGAAAGUUUCAUAGAAGUGCUCCAGGAUACUCUUGACAGUCCGAACAUGGAAGAUGCCAGUCACUGCAUCUGUCAGCUUUGCCAAUGGGAGGAUCCUGUCCACCAGUAUGUGACCCACUUCCAUCUUGCUCAAGAGCUAAACUGGAAUGAAAGCAUUCUCUGCAUCCAAUUUCAGGAAGGGCUUGCCAGUUCUGUCCCAGAUGAUCGGUCUCACACAAGCGCAGCAGCAACCAACCUAUCUGAUCUGAUCACUCAGUACCUAGAAGAGAAGCUAAGUGGUAAGCUUGAUCCAAAUCCACAAGAAGCAAGCCCUUCUGAGGAGAGAGCAGGGCCUGAGAGUUCACUAGCUGAAAACCAGCCUGUGAAAGCCACAAGCAAUAGCCCACAUCUCAGUGAAGCUGAACAAGCUCACUGCUGUGAAGGCCACUUGUGCCUCUACUGUGGUCAUCCUGGUCAUUUUGACAGAGGUUGCUCUGUCAAGCCUCACUGUGCACAGUAGGUGGGAAACAUCAAGGCCCAGCAGUAA